UUUCUGCAGACAAUGUCAAACACAAUGGAUGACCAAGAUAAGCUGUUGGCAGAAGCUAUUGGUGCUGCACGUAAACAGGCUUUCCAAAUGAACCACUUCUUGGACAAAGAUCGCAUGCUGGAUGCAUUGAAAUGCGCUAGUGCUAUGUUAAGCGAACUUCGUACAUCUAUGCUGUCACCGAAGAGUUACUACGAGUUAUAUAUGGUCAUUACGGAUGAGCUGUGUCGCCUGGAACUGUAUCUGAGCGAAAAGGCAACAAAGGAAACAGACCACUACGAACUCGUUCAGUAUUCACACACCAUUGUCCCACGCCUUUAUUUGUUGAUAACCGUUGGCAUUGUUUACAUAAAGAAUGAUCCUUCAUUGAAGCGAAGUAUCCUGAAAGAUUUGGUGGAGAUGUGUCGUGGGGUACAGCAUCCGCUUAGAGGCCUCUUUUUGCGCAACUACCUUUUACAGUGUACCAGGAAUAUAUUACCCGAUGUUCUAGUUGCUGAAAAUGAGCACGAGGGAAAUGUCUACGAUGCCAUUGACUUUGUGUUGACUAACUUCGCAGAAAUGAACAAGUUAUGGGUGCGCAUGCAGCAUCAAGGUCAUUCUAGCGAGAAAACUCGACGUGAAAAAGAACGCGAAGAACUCAAAAUUUUAGUAGGCACAAACUUGGUGCGAUUGUCUCAAUUGGAGUCAGCUUCUCUAGAGAUUUAUCAACGUUUAAUACUACCGGGGAUAUUGGAACAAGUGGUCAGCUGCCGUGACGCUAUUGCUCAGGAGUACUUAAUGGAAUGUAUUAUACAAGUAUUUCCCGAUGAGUUUCAUCUACAAACUCUGGAUCCAUUUUUGAAAUCUUGUGCCCAGCUCCAGACUGGCGUUAAUGUAAAAAACAUUAUAAUAUGUUUAAUUGACCGCCUAGCAACGUACAACCAACGCAGUGGUAAAAAUAACGGCACAGAUAUCGAAUCUAUCAUUCCACCUGAAGUAAAAUUGUUUGAAGUUUUUAGCGUGCAGGUGGCGAACAUUGUUCAGAAUCGGUCGGAUAUGCCCCUUGAAGAUACAAUUUCGUUACAAAUUGCUCUAUUAAAUUUGGCACAGAAAGUAUAUCCAGAUCGUGUGGAUUAUGUUGACAAGGUGCUGGGAACGACGGCGCAGAUACUUGAAAGUCUUAAUAUGAAUAACAUAUCGCACUUGUUGUCGGUAAAUCAAGAAUUAUCACGUCUCCUACGCAUAUGUAUUGAUUUUUACAAUAACGUGCUUACCGUUAUUCAACUAAACAAUUUUUGUCCACUACUGGAUAAAUUCGAUUACACUUCGAGAAAAACAUUGGCAUUGUAUUUAGUAAUGAAUGUGUUAGAAUUUGAGACCCUCAUACCAACAGCAGAACAAGCAGACGCUGUCCUCAAAAUAAUAACGCCAUUGAUUAAAGACGACGAGGCAGCAGUAAUUACCAAGGGACAGGAGCCAAUAGUAGAUAUAGAUGAAUUCGCCGAGGAGCAGGGUAUUGUUGCACGAUUUGUCCAUUUGCUAAAAUCGGAUGACCCUGAUAUGCAAUAUAAAAUUCUACAGACAGCGCGCAAGCAUUUAGGGGCCGGCGGACCACACCGCAUUCGGCUGGUUUUGCCACCACUGGUUUUCUCUGCAUACCAGUUAGCAUACAAGUACAAAGAUCAAUCGGAAAAUGAUGAAAAUUGGGAUAAAAAGUGCCAAAAGAUCAUCCAGUUCUGUCACAGCACUAUUUCAGCCCUUGCAAAGGCCGAUUUGGCGGAAUUAGCACUGCGUCUGUAUUUACAAGGAGCGUUGGUAAUUGGAGAAAUUGGUUACACUAAUCAUGAAACUGUGGCCUACGAAUUCAUGACCCAAGCCUUUUCCUUGUACGAAGAUGAAAUAUCGGACUCGAAGGCCCAGUUGGCUGCAAUUACACUCAUCAUGUCCACGUUAGAGCAAAUGAAAUGCUUUGGUGAAGAAAAUGCAGAUCCUUUGCGCACAAAUUGUGCUUUGGCAGCAUCAAAGCUUCUCAAAAAGCCGGACCAAUGUAGGGGAGUAGUAGCAUGUGCAGCGCUCUUUUGGAGCGGGAAAAAAAAUGGCGAGGAAAUGCGAGAUGAAAAGAAGACAUUGGAUUGCUUAAAGAAAGGAGCGCGUAUUGCAUCUCAAUGUUUAGAUACAGGCGUGCAAGUCCAGUUAUAUGUGGAACUUUUAAAUCAUUAUCUCUUCUAUUUUGAACGUGGAAAUUCUUUGAUUACGGUCGCAAUGCUCAAUCAAUUGAUUGCGAAAAUAAAUGAGGAACUGCCGAACUUAGAGCCGAGUGAUGAAACUAAGCAAAUCGAGAUGCAUUAUAAAAAUACUUUGACACACAUUAAGAGUCGGAUUGAAUCAAAUGAAUCAGGCUUAGAAGUGUCUUUUGCUGGAAUAUCUAUAAACUAA